AUGCAGGUGGGCAUGAGGCACACCACAACAAUUCAGGCAAGGCAGGUGGGCGUCACGCAAACCACAACGAUUCAGGCAGGACAGGCAGGCAGGCAUAAGGCACACCACAUCAAUUCAGGCAAGGCAGGCAUCAGACAUACCACAACAAUUCGGGCAAGGCAGGCAGGCAUCAGGCACACCACAACAAUUCGGGCAAGGCAGGGCAGGCAUCAGGCGCACCACAACAAUUCAGGCAAGGCCGGCAUCAGGCACACCACAACAAUUCGGGCAAGGCAGGCAUCAGGCACACCACAACAAUUCAGGCAGGACCGGCAGGCAUCAGGCACACCACAGCAAUUCGGGCAGGAUCGGCAGGCAUCAGGCACACCACAACAAUUCAGGCAAGGCAGGCAGGCAUCAGGCACACCACAACAAUUCAGGCAGGCAGGCAUCAGGAAGACCACAACAAUUCAGGCAGGACAGGCAGGCAUCCGGCACACCACAACAAUUCAGGCAGGACAGGCAUCAGGCACACCACAACAAUUCAGGCAGGACAGGCAGGCAUCAGGCACACCGCAACAAUUCAGGCAGGACAGGCAUCAGGCACACCACAACAAUUCAGGCAGGACAGGUAGGCAUCAGGCACACCACAACAAUUCAGGCAGGGCAGGCAGGCAUCAGGCACACCUCAACAAUUCAGGCAGGACAGGCAGGCAUCAGGCAUGCCAUAACAAUUCAGACAGGGCAGGCAGGCAUCAGACACACCACAACAAUUCAGGCAGGCAGGCAUCCGGCACACCACAACAAUUCAGGCAGGACAGGCAGGCAUCAGGCACACCACAACAAUUUGGGCAGGGCCGGCAGGCAUCAGGCACACCACAACAAUUCAGGCAGGACAGGCAGGCAUCAGGCACACCACAACAAUUCGGGCAGGGCAGGCAGGCAUCAGGCACACUACAACAAUUCAGGCAGGCAUCCGGCACACCACAACAAUUCGGGCAAGGCUGGCAGGACAGGCAGGCAUCAGGCACACCACAACAAUUCGGGCAGGGCCUGCAGGCAUCAGGCACACCACAACAGUUCAGACAGGACAGGCAGGCAUCAGGCACACCACAACAAUUCAGGCAGGACAGGCAGGCAUCAGGCACACCACAACAAUUCGGGCAGGGCCUGCAGGCAUCAGGCACACCACAACAGUUCAGACAGGACAGGCAGGCAUCAGGCACACCACAACAAUUCGGGCAGGGCCGGCAGGCAUCAGGCACACCACAACAACAAUUCAGGCAGGGAAGAUAG